AGUCUGCACUCCAGCUUUGCGUUCAGUUAGGCACAGACGCCCUAAGCCCCUCUCUCCCGCUCUCUCCUUGGUUUUCAUUUGGACGUUUUGUUGGUGCAGCAAUAAGCAGCCAUGGAUGCCAUCAAGAAGAAGAUGCAGAUGCUCAAGCUCGACAAGGAGAAUGCCUUGGACAGAGCUGAGCAGGCCGAGUCAGACAAGAAAGCAGCUGAGGACAGAAGCAAACAGUUAGAGGACGAAAUAAGAGAGAUGGAAAAGAAAUUGCGUGUUACUGAAGACGAAAGAGAUAAAGUGUUUGAGGAGUUCCAAACUGCUGAGGAAAAACUCCUGACUGCUGAGGAAGUCGCCACCAAGCUUGAGGACGAUUUGGUAGCUCUGCAGAAGAAGCUGAAGGGAACUGAGGAUGAGUUGGACAAGUACUCUGAGGCUCUUAAAGAUGCCCAGGAGAAACUUGAGCUGGCUGAGAAGAAAGCCACCGAUGCUGAGGGAGAUGUCGCUUCCCUUAACAGACGUAUCCAGCUGGUUGAGGAGGAGUUGGAUCGUGCUCAGGAGCGUCUUGCCACAGCUCUGACCAAGCUGGAGGAGGCUGAGAAGGCCGCUGAUGAGAGCGAGAGAGGCAUGAAGGUCAUUGAGAACAGGGCCAUGAAGGACGAGGAGAAGAUGGAGCUGCAGGAGAUCCAGCUCAAAGAGGCCAAACACAUCGCUGAGGAGGCUGACCGCAAAUAUGAGGAGGUCGCCCGUAAGCUGGUCAUCAUUGAGGGUGACCUUGAGCGUACAGAGGAGCGCGCUGAGCUGUCAGAAGGCAAAUGCUCUGAGCUUGAGGAAGAGUUGAAAACUGUGACCAACAACCUGAAGUCACUGGAGGCCCAGGCUGAGAAGUACUCACAGAAGGAGGACAAGUAUGAGGAGGAGAUCAAGGUCCUCACUGAUAAGCUGAAGGAGGCUGAGACUCGUGCUGAGUUCGCUGAGAGAUCAGUAGCCAAGCUUGAGAAGACCAUUGAUGACUUGGAAGAGAAACUGUCACAUGCUAAAGAAGAGAACCUCGAUAUGCACCAGAUGCUGGACCAGACUCUAAUGGAACUGAAUAAUUUGUGAAAGCACAGUCUGACCCCACACACACUGUGGUUUUUGGCUUUUUGUACUUGCACCUUGCUUACCGUAAACCCCUCUUCUCGUACCUUGUCAAUGGUGGAGAACAAACAGCCAGAUGCUAUUCUUAUUGCACCGUCCUGCCUUCAGCGGAACUCAACCAAGGAGCAAAGCUAAGGGGAAGCAAAGCUUAACCAUUCCCUUUGUUGAAGCUUAAACUGAGAAACACAAUUGUUUGUGCAAGCCAGUUUUCAUAUCUGCCUUUUGCAAUCCUUGAGAUUUUUUUUUUUAACAAGUCAUCUGAUGAAAUGACAUCUACCACUGGUUACAAAAAUUGUUUUCUACAUCUGUACUGAAGCUGAUCUGGUACUUUUCCAUUCCACCUUGAUUAUGCACAUACCAAAGGACAAAGUGGAGAAAUUUUGCACUUAGAAAAACCUCAUCAUUAUGCAUAUUUACAAACUAUGUUUAAAAAAAUACACAUUAGACUCCCAUCUUCCUUAAAAAAAAAAACAACUCACAAGUCUAAGUAUACAUUGGCUUUGCCUGUCAGUGUGUAUACUGGUGCUACUGUAUUGUUGAGCAAUGAAGAAGAUGCUAACUCCUUACAGUAUAUUCUUUCUAAUUUUGUUUAAAAUCAUGGUACAGAAUUUUUUCAUCUUGUCUGUAGAGUAUGUUUUCAGUCAACUGGUUGUGCAUUGUUUUAGCAUUUUUUUAAUGUAGAUGUUUCAAGUGUUUAUCAUAAUGGAAAUGUACAAAAUUAUGAAUAUAAAUAAAAGCACGUUUUGAAAGUUU